AUGAGUUACGAACCCGAGAAGGACUAUCGGGCGCCAGAUGAGAACAAGAACUAUUACCCGCAGAAUAAUGGUGACUUCAAUCACGGCCCGCGCGACUACAGACAAGACAACCGUGGUGGAUACGGCGGAUAUGAUCGACGAGAUGACCGCGGGUAUGGCGGCGGCGGAGGAUAUGGCCGCUCGAACUAUGGCCAGCCACGACACGGCGGCUACGACAACAGACGUCACGACGAUCGCAGAGGCGGCGGUGGCGGCUUCUGGGGAGGCAGCAGAGACGGUGGAAGCCGCGGAGGUGGAGUCGACUCUCGCUGGGCUAACCUAGACAACGACAGAGAGGAGUACGGCGGCAGCAGACAUCACUACGGUGGAGGCCGAAGCGGAGGCUACGGCGGCGGUGGAGGAUACGGCGGUGACCGAGGCUACGGACGCGGAGGACCUCACCGAGGAGACGACAGACUUGCUGGCAAGUGGGACAGCCGUGGACAGUACCACGACCCAAGCAACGUUGAUUGGACAAAGCCUCUUCCACGAGACGAACGACUCGAGAAGGAGCUCUUCAAAGGCGCCAACUCCGGCAUCAACUUUGAAAAGUACGACGACAUCCCCGCAGAAGUAACCGGUGAAGAUCCACCAGGAUGCGUCAGCACCUUUGAGGAGUGCAAUCUCGGCGAGAUCAUCAACGAAGCGAUCAAGCUCGCGAACUACACCACCCCUACCCCCGUCCAGAAGAACGCCAUUCCAAUCAUCAACAAGGGACGAGAUCUGAUGUCUUGUGCCCAGACUGGUUCCGGAAAAACUGCCGCCUUCUUGCUCCCCAUGCUCUCCAGCAUCUUUCACAGUGGACCCGGCGACAGCGUCAAACAGAACAACAGCGGUUACCGAGGUCGAAGAAAACUCUACCCACUUGCCCUCGUCCUUUCGCCCACUCGAGAGUUGGCUUCCCAAAUCUACGAUGAAGCCCGAAAGUUCGCUUACAGAUCGCAUGUACGACCAUGCGUCAUCUACGGUGGUGCCGAUGUUGGCGCUCAGAUGAGAGACCUUGAUCGAGGCUGCCACUUGCUUGUCGCCACUCCCGGUCGAUUAGCUGACUUCCUCGACAGAGGAAAGAUUGGCUUGGACCACUGCCGAUACCUCUGCCUCGAUGAGGCCGAUCGAAUGCUUGACAUGGGUUUCGAGCCCCAGAUUCGACGAAUCGUCGAGAAGGACAACAUGCCACCAAAAGGCGAGCGACAAACUCUUAUGUUCUCCGCUACCUUCCCCAAGGAGAUCCAGCACCUUGCCCGCGACUUUUUGGACAACUACAUCUUCUUGACUGUCGGUCGAGUUGGUUCCACCUCGCAAAACAUCACUCAGAAGGUCGUCUGGGUUGACGAGAAUGACAAGAUCAACUUCCUUACCGAUCUUCUCGCCGCUACAGAUCAGAACAGCCUCACCCUAAUUUUCACCGAGACAAAGAAGGGCGCUGACUACCUCGACAACUACCUCUACGAUCGAGGAUUCCGAUCGACCUGCAUUCACGGUGACAGAAAUCAGCGAGAGCGAGAAGGUGCUCUCAAGAGCUUCCGUGAAGCGCAGACUCCCGUCCUCGUCGCCACUGCUGUCGCCGCUCGAGGUCUUGACAUUCCUAACGUCCGACACGUCAUCAACUUCGAUCUCCCCUCGGACAUUGACGAGUACGUCCACCGAAUCGGUCGAACUGGUCGAGUAGGAAACAUUGGUCUCGCCACCUCCUUCUUCAACGACAAGAACUCGAACAUCGUCCGAGAUCUCCUCGAGCUUCUUAUCGAGGCUAAGCAGGAAGUCCCAGAGUGGCUCGAGAAAUGCGCUGCCAACAACCGACGACCAGGAGGCCGAGGCGGACGACGAUUCGGCGGUCAAUUCGGUGCCCGCGAUUACCGAACACAAGGUGGCCGAGGAGGCGGCGGUGGCGGCCGAGGCGGUGGCCGACAAGGAUCCGGAGGAUACCGAAGCAACAACUACGGCUCCGGAGGUGGCAACCGAUCCUUCGGCGGCGGCGGAGGAUCCUCUGUCGACUGGUGGGCCAACUAA